AUGGAAUUAAAACAGAAGCAAAUAUUGAUUACGAUAUGGAUACUUGGGAACCCGGAAUGCCUGCGAUCAAUGGCCGAUCGAUUUAACAUCACAAAAUCGAUUUUAGUUCGUUUUUAUCGCAGAAUUUGUGGAGCGAUUGCUAAUAAUCUUUCCGGUCAAUAUAUGAAGUACCUACUUGUUUGAAAGUGAUUGAUGUCAGAUCCCUCGCCCAAAGGAAUGCGUUGGAUCAGUGAUCCAAUAAUCCGUAUUUAGAUCGCGCAGAUCAGUGAACCGAUGAAUCCUUGUCCAGAGUGGAUUUGAUAGAUCACUGAUCUAAAAAUGGAUUUGCUCAAAAGGAACGCCGCAGAUCAGAAAUCCUGAUCCGGAUUCUAACCCUAAGGAACGCACCCUAAGAUUUUUUCACUAGGGUUAUUUAUGGAGAAAAUCAAAAUGUCCUGCUGCAUUCCUUUUCCUAUUUCCAGUAUUUCCGUUCCUGUUCACAGCUUCAGUGACGUCCUGAAAUAUCAUCGACUCAACCAAAGUGAACUUAGUUUUGAAAAAAAUUUUUACUUUUAAAAUGUUUUGCUUCCUUUGAGUUGACAAUCGAUUCCUCUCACCACACCCCAGGUUGGUAUUGAAUAAGAUUUUAGGGGGCCAAGGGUGUUCCCUUUACUGACUUUUCAUUCAGUAAUAACAGUCUUAUCCUAUUAAACUUUAGCAACAGAAAAAACAGGGAACUAAAGAUGAAACCAGAUACCGAGUGGAUUGUUAUCACAGGCCUCUACGCCAUCACGAUGCUCGUAGCGUUUGCAGGGAAUAGUUUCCUCGUCUACAUCGUGUGGAAGAAGCCCGAAGUGAGAUCACUGACAAGCUUUAUGUUUGUCAACCUGGCUAUCGCUGAUUUGCUUGUAACCUUGGUAGUGAUGCCCUGGUCGAUUUCCACAAUAUAUACAGACGGUUUGUGGAUGAUCCCGGGAGUAUUUGGAAAAGUCAUGUGCAAAGGUGUUGUAUACACUGCCUAUGUCACUUUAACAGCAUCGAUCCUCUGCCUGACGUUCAUGGCGAUCGACAGGUACUAUGCCAUCGUUCAUCCCCUCCGCCGCCAUCUUUGGUUUUGA